GGGACAACUCUUUCUGUUCUAAAUAAGGCUCUCCGAGGGGCAGCGAGCAACUCUUCGCCUCUGCAGGGCUUCAAUACUCCUGUAGUCCGUGUCGGGAUCGUCACAGAGGGACACACUCAGAGAGAGAAGGGGACAUAGAGGGAGCAUUUCUGCGUUAAAAAAAAACAAAACAAAACAAAAGCUGAGCGCCAGUUACGCCACGAGUCCACGCGCGGUACGGAUGGUACAAGUUUUGACGCCCAUCGCCAAGUCUUCUGAUUCCACGCACCGAGUUUGGACCCAGUGAACGCUGUGAGACUCCACGGGUUCAUGUACUGGAAAAAUGAAGUUUUGUCCCCUCUUUCAGAGGGAAACAAUAUUCUGUCCGAAGGAAUUCCCGCGAAGAAGGUGAUCUCCACCGAGCAUCAGAGUGCGCCGGGAGCCUCGCGCCGCAGUGUGGACUCCAAACACGCUCCAAUGUCUCACUCGGACGGAGAAUCCCAGCGGUCCAACAUGGAGCCGGAGGACACCCGCUCGUCCCCCAGCACUCCGUCCACCCCCUCCGUGUGCUCGCCGAUCUCCACCAGCAGCUCGGUGCCGUCCACCGGGAAGAACGUGUGCGCCAGCUGCGGUCAGGAGAUCGUGGACAGAUACCUGCUGAAGGUGAACAACCUGAUCUGGCACCUGCGCUGUCUGGAGUGUUCCGUCUGCAGGACGUCGCUACGUCAGCACAGCAGCUGCUACAUCAAAAACAAAGAGAUCUUCUGUAAAAUGGAUUAUUUCAGUAGGUUCGGUACUAAGUGUGCCCGCUGUGGGCGGCAGAUAUACGCCAGCGACUGGGUGCGCCGCGCGAGGGGGAACGCAUACCACUUGGCGUGCUUUGCGUGCUACUCGUGCAAGAGGCAGUUGUCCACGGGAGAGGAGUUUGGCUUGGUGGAGGACAAGGUCCUGUGUAGGAUCCACUACGACACCAUGGUGGAGAACCUGAAACGAGCAGCUGAGAGUGGUAACGGUAUCACGUUAGAAGGAGCAGUUCCAACGGAACAGGACAGUCAGCCCAAGCCGUCCAAAAGGGCACGGACAUCGUUCACUGCAGAACAGCUACAGAUCAUGCAAGCUCAGUUCGCCCAAGAUAACAACCCGGAUGCCCAGACGCUACAGAAACUAGCCGACAUGACAGGCCUCAGCAGGAGAGUUAUACAGGUGUGGUUUCAAAACUGCAGAGCAAGACACAAAAAGCACACGCCUCAGCACAGUGGGGCUCCCCCAGGUCACCCCCAGUCCAGGAUACCCUCGUCGCUGCCUGAUGAGCUGCAUUACUCCCCCUUCGGAAGUCCCGAGCGCGCGCGCAUGGUGGCCCUUCACGGGUAUAUCGACAGUCAUCCCUUCUCCAUGCUGACCUCUCAGAGUCUCCCUCACCAGGCCAUGUCGCUGCCCCAGCUUCCCCUGAGCCGCUAGCGCUCCGCCACUACGACCCCACGUGACCCCGCGUAACCCCGCGUGACCCCCUCAGACCUCCGGAUCCUCGCCUUUCAUCUUCGUCACUGACGCCUGCCAACAUGACCCGGAGGUCCUAGUCCCAUUGGAGAAAAUGACGCAUCUUACAGGAAACCUGCCAAGGAAAGAGCAAUGGAAGAAUGAGGAAAGACUAAGAUACAUUCGUCAUUCUGUUAUUUUUCUUCCUGAGGACAGGAAUAUCCCUGGCUGCAUUUUACACCACGUAAAGGACCCAUUUGGCUUCAUAUGUACAGCUUUGUCCACUCCACCGAUCCAUCAUCACCUUGACAGAGGAAGUUUGAAGAGGGUGAAACUGACGGCAACAGGGGGGGAAGCCCUCACGAGUGAACAUAAGCAAAGGGGGGGGCUGUCAUAUUGGCUGAAAGGCCCGUCGUACGCUGUCGGCCACGUUAGAGGUAAGACUCCUCACUUCUCUCUCAGCAACCAUGAAGGACACAUGUGUGUAAAUGAAAUAUGUUGACCGUUGAAACAUUUUCUUUUGGAUUGACAAAGUGACUAUACGGCCUCUGAAAGACAAAAACGUACUUGUUUUAUUCUAGGUCAAAACUUUCACUGAAAUGUGGUGCAGAUUUGAUUUUGUUUAAAGAAGAAUAUUUUGUGCCUUAUCGUUUCAAUUAUUAAUUACUUUACAACACUAAACCAGUGCAUUUUUCAGCUGUAAUUUGUCUCUAAACAAAGAUUUGAGUGUUUUUAGUUAAAUACAAUGUAGAAGAAAUUAUGAAGAUUUUAAAUCUGCCGUUGGUAAAAAAUCAGCAUCUUGACUGUUAUUCACAAAGGAAAAAUACAACGCACAAUUUCUGUAGUUGUGUAUCAUCAUCUGAAUUAUUGCUGUAACAUUUAAAACAAACCAAUACAGGCAAUUAUAUGACACAAAGGGAAGUCUUAGAUGAGCAUAUUAGUCAAACUACAAAAUCUGUUACCAGUUACAUAUUUCCAAACAAUUGUAUUGUCAUUAAUUUAUCAUUUCUAAUGUUGCUUGUUCGCCCUGUGUGUGUGUCCCUUUCGCACAAAGAGAGGAAUGGAGUGUUGAUGUCUUGGUACAAUAUGGACAAAAUGAAACAGACUGGGAUUGUACAUAGAAAGAUGUGUGUGUGUGUGUGCGUGUGUGUGUGUGUGUGAGAGUGUGUGUGUUUGUGUGUGUGUGUGUGCGCAUGUGUGUGGCAGGGGUAUAAAGUGUGCAUCUGUAUUUUAGUGCCAUGGCCAUUGUGUGAAGAACAGGAUCAAACAAGACCUCAAUGUCCUUGUAUUUAUUGAGAUGUUAUUUCCCUGUAAAGCACUUUUUUCCCUUUGAAAUUGUUUUGUUUUGUUAAAAAACAUGAAAUGAAAUUCAACAAAAAAGUUUAUUUGAUAGACUGUGCAUCAUAAAUGUUUUGUGUAAUAAAAUGCAAUAAAAUAGAAUGUGAUAUUUCUGUGGUUUUGAAU